AUGCUGGAGAGCUUCGUCAAGUCGCGGAAGCUGCUGGCGCCGGGCAAGGGCGACGUGCCCGAGUACAAGAAUGGCACCAAGGUAACAUUCCACUUCAAGACGGUGGCCAUCUUUGAUGGCAAAGACCAACAACAACAACAACAGAAGACGACAGAUGAUCACAACCACAACAAUGAUCAUCACCAUCACCAUCAUGAGCACAAGGACACCGUGGUGGACGACUCAAAGGAGAGCGGCAAGCCGAUGGAGCUGUUCAUUGGAAAGCAAUUCAAACUGCCCCUUUGGGAGGAGUGGAUCAAGGACAUGCGAGUGGGCGAGCGGUCGCAGAUUGACUUUGAGUGGCGCUUUUGCGGGGACGUCUACCCGAUGCUCUCCAAGUCGUACCGGAACUUCUGCAAGCCCAGCCUGGAGGCGGAGUACGAGACGGAGGAGACGAGGCGGAAGCGACAGUCCAGUCACUGCUGUGGAGGCAUGCAAUCGCAACGCAGCUACGGCUACGACGACCUCGACCACCUGGUGGGGCACCCGCCCACCCGGCUCCAGUUCACCCUGGAACUGCUCACUGUCGAGCCGCCGGAGAAGGUCGACAAGGAGGUGUGGCUGAUGGGCGAGGCGGAGAUGGUGAAGGAGGUGCCGGCUUUAAAGGCCGAGGGCAAUCGCCUCUUCAGCGGGAAGCAGUACGAGCAGGCCGCCUACCGCUAUCGCAAGGCGCUGGCCAUCCUCGAGCAGCUGAUGCAGCGGGAGAAGCCAAAUGACACCGAGUGGCUGGAGUACGACCGCCGGAAGGUGCCCCUCCUGCUGAACCUCGCACAGGCGGAACUCCUCCUGGGGGAGUUCUACCACGCGCUGGAGCACGCCGGCGAGGUGGUGGGCAAAGAGCCCGCCAAUGUGAAGGCUCUCUUCCGGCGGGGCCGCGCCAAUGCCGCCGUGUGGAACGAGGAGGAGGCGAGACGGGACUUUGCGGCGGUGGCCGCCCUCGACCCGAGCCUCGGCCCGCUAGUCAAGGCAGAGCUGGCCGAGCUGGAGGCGAAGCUGAAGGCGAGGGAGGCCAAGGAGAGCCAACUUCUCAAGGGGAAGCUCUUUUCCUCCUCCUGA